CAUUCUCGUCUUCUUGCCGUGCUACUCCUCUGCCCGCUACCCUACCGCCGCCGCAGAGCUUGAUGACCAUGCGGGACUUCUCCUGCUUCCGCGACGCCGCCGUCACCACCCUCCCCUCCUCGGUGGCCGCCGGCGACGCGCAGCACCUCGACCGCUCGCUCCAGUCCGCCACCGCCUGCGUCUACCGGGCCACCCUGUCCUCGGGCAAGGAGCUGCUCGUCACUGUCACCUGGACACGCUCCCUUGCCGUCCCCGGCGACGCAGCCACCGGGUUCUCCGUCGCCGUCGAGGACGCCGUCCCCCUCGCGCCCCCGAAGCUCCUCCCUCCCUCGUCCGCGGCGAAGACGGCGCCCACCACGCCGCGCCGGUCCACGCCGUUGCAGGCGUACAAGAUGCAGCUGCAGACCAAGAGGCGCGGGGCCCGAUCCUUCGCCACGGAGGGCGGCACCGCAGUGGCCGUCCACUGGGACACCUCCGACGCCAGGUACCCUUCGCCGUCCUCCCCCGAGCCCUCCGGUGGCUACCACCUCGCCGUGGUCGCCGACGCGGAGCUCGCGCUGCUCCUCGGCACCGAGCUGCCCCGCCGCUUCGCCGCCGCCUCGACGCCCUGCCGCCCGGCCCUGCUAAGCCGGCGCGAGCAGCUCCGCGCGCCGCCCACCCCCACGUCCGCGGCGGUGGCGCACAGCACGCGGUGCCGGUUCCGGGACGGCGGCGAGGAGCACGAGGUGACCGUGUGCUGCCGCGGCGACCGGCGCGCAACCGCGAGCGACGAGAGCGAGGUGGCGGUGAGCGUGGACGGACGCACGCUGGUGGAGGCGCGGCGGGUGGAGUGGAACUUCCGCGGGAACCGCACCGCCGUGCUCGCCGACGGCGCCGUGGUGGAGGUCAUGUGGGACGUGCACGACUGGUGGUUCCCUACCGGCGCCGGCGCGGCGCAGUUCAUGGUCAAGGCGCGCGGCGGCGACGGCGGCGGCCUGGGGGUGUGGAUGGACGAGGAGAUGGCCAGCAAGGGCCACCCGCCCGCCGGGUUCUUCCUGCACAUGCAGUGCUACCGCCGGUGAUCGCCCGCCGGCCAGAUGUAACUAAAGUUAUUACUAGAAUGGUUUCGUGACUGAUUCUUUGUUUCGUCGGCGAACGGUCGCCGUCUUUUCUCAUCCGAUUGAUUGGAAUUCUCGGCC